AUGAAGUAUCCUUCUCUUCGUGCCUUUUUCGCUAUCUUCCUCCUCUCCCACCUCACAGCAGCUGGUCCUCAAAACGGCACUACCACACCAGUAGGCUGCAAAAAGCUCAACACUGAUAUUGGCUGGCCCUCACUCGCAGAAUGGCAAGCCGCACUCCCAAAUGUCGUUCCAGCGAUCAAAAAUACCGACAAAUGGGGCCCUCUGCCAGACUACCGCCUGCAGGCCAAAUCAAUCGAGGACGUCCAGGCAGCUGUGCGCUUCACCAAGCAGCACGAUAUCCGUCUCACGGUCUUGACGACCGGACACGAUCAGCAGGCACGCAGCGACGCUGGGUCUGGUCUAAUCAUCGACCUCAGUUUCUUCCAAGGCGCGAAAGUCCUGCAGAGCUACACGCCUACCCCAGAGGGUCAGCCAUUCGUCGGCAUAACCACUAAAGUCAACAAGAUCAAGCCCCUUGAGGGCGUUCAAGCGGCAGUCUCAUUUGGUCCUGCGGUUGCUGGACUUCCGCUCAACUACGUCGUCGCUGAAUCUGGACUAUUCACUGUCAGUGGAGGUGCAGCAACAGUAGCAGUCGCGGGUGGCUGGGGCCAAAACGGCGGCUACGGGCCCAUGACAUCGCAAUACGGCCUCGGCGUCGAUCAAUGGCUCGAAGCCCUCGUCGUAACUCCCGAUGGCGAACUCCGCGUAGCAAACAGCGGAACCAAUACCGAUCUCUUCUGGGCGAUUCGCGGAGGCGGAGGCGGCACCUUUGGCGUUGUUGUGCAGGCGACGUGGAAAGCAUAUCCCACGGUCCCAAUAACGGGAUAUAACUGGUAUAUCAACGGUACGUUCAACGCCUCGUCACUCAAGUCUGGUAUUACGCCGGUGAGCCACGCGGUACAAUACCUCAUGGGCCAGUUCGAGGACCUGCAAGCCAAUAAUGUCAGCGGCACGUUCUACGUGCGGCCCGACAACAUCCAUGGCUUCGCUAUUCACCCGGGCAAUGGAUCCGGCAUUGCCGCCGCGAACGCCAUCUGGGAGCCCAUCUUAUCACACAUGCAAAGCCUUCCGGGUAUGACGCCUUUUCAAACGCGUCCGUUCGCUUUCGACGGCUACAAAUCCUUCUUCGACGGCACAUACGGCCCUCUUGUGCUGCAACCCACGACCCCAGAGCACCGCCGCGCCAGAGGCGUGAUUCCGUACGACAGCCACCUUCUCGCCGCCGAGCACCUCAAUUCACCUGAUCUACUGGAUGCGCUCAAGAGCACAGGUGGCGGAAUGGGUCUCAUGCUGCACAGUCCUGGAAUGAAGCAGGGCGACGGCUCAGCGACGUCGAACACUCCCGCCUGGCGCCGCGCCGUCGCGCUUGUCAUCGCCAACAAGAGUAACGCCACCUCCGCCGAUGGGUUGCGCGCACUCGCUCCAGAUAUGGGCACGUACAUCAACGAAGGCAGCGUCAACGAACCUGAUUACACGCAGUCUUUCUGGGGCAGCAACUACGCGCGCCUAUCGGCCAUCAAGCGCGAUAUCGAUCCCGACAUGCUCUUGUGGGUGAGCCCCGGCAUCAACGCAAACUACAUGCACGUCGUGAACGGGCGCGUGUGUCGCUUGAAUCCUGUGCCAGAGGGACCUGGAAGGUUUGCGCCUGUGACGGAGCGCAUGCAUCCUGUUGACAUGGAACUUGAUGGAAAUUUCAUCUUCGGAACUCUUGAAUUGACUGGGAAGAUAUUUCCUAUGCCGGGGCUGGAAGUGGGUAUACGUGAUUAA